AUGACAAGAGAUGUAAGGUCGGGAAAACUGGCCAUAUCGUUGUUGAUCUUAUCAUUGUUUUUGAUAUUCCAAGUAGUGACCAGGAUCUACCUCAACGACGGCAAUGAGAAGGAUAUAGAGAUUGUGCCUUUAACAGGAAGAAGAUCUCAUGUAACACGGGUUCCAAAUAAUGACGCCAGUUUAUCCAUACCGUAUUUGGACAAGAUCAACCUGUUUUGGCAUGUGGGGGGUGCCACGCAGAUUAGAAAUGCUCAAUCAAUCAAGCUAACACAGGAUCGAGAUCAGCACAAACAUGGGCUGGUGCUGUCCAACGGGGUUGGCGACAACACCAUUAAUGACUUUGAAAUCGUCUACAAGUUCAGGAUCUCAAACGACCCGGCUACACAACUCGUGGGCGAUGGGAUGUGCUUUGCCAUUACGCCCGAGAAUGGGUUUCUCACACAGGAUCUGAAGUCGUCAUAUGCGAGAAGGCAAUAUAUGAUGAAUUCUCACGGCGUCAUGGGAGGUAACACAGACCUGAUGGGUUUCCCCAAGAACUUACCUGGGCUGUUUCUUGUCUUGGACACGUAUCGAAACCAAGGCAACGACCAUAAGGAAACACCCUUCAUGGAUGUAUUUCUAAAUGUGGCUCCAGAAAGCGACUCGUACGAUAUUAACAGUGAUGGCGAACUAAGCACGUCGCUGCGACUAAAUUCGAAGGGCCACAUCAACCUCAAGAUGGAUGCUCUAUGGAACGAAGUCACCAAGCUAAGAAUCAUAUACCUGGAAAGUAUUAGUUUUCUGAAGAUCGACAUCCAGUACGCCAAAGAGGGCAAUUACUGGGUCGAGCUGUUCCAAACCACUGAAAACCUGUACUUGCCCAAGAAUAUACACACGGGACAACGAUACAUCGGCUGUGGUGCAUUAAAUGGGCAAUUGACCGAAACCGUGGAGCUACUGGAAGUGUGCACAAGCGAAUUUCACUGGAACGACAAGGACGAGUCCAUCGAGGACACUUACGAUUACGUGAAGGAAGCUGAACUAUUCUUGGAGCAGGAGUUUGGCGAGACCUUAGACAUGGAACCCGAUGAGUUUACGAAGUGGAAAAUGACCAAAGCGCAACCAAACAUCAAAGCUGGUCCACGGCCAACUGAGACACUCGCGCCUAGCCGUCCCCGUCACAAGCUGCUUAGGGCCGCACUGGCCAUCUGGCAUUAUAGCGAAGUUUUGCUAUCAAUUAUCGGCAUUUAUUUUAUUUCUGUUUGCAUAAGAGUUUUCAGAAGAAGAUUCAAAAGAAUCAGAUUCAGAAGAUUGAGGGGCUCGCAUUCCGUGGGGCUAUUGCCCAUGUAG